CGAAGGGAGCGGUGCGGACGGGGGGGUAAGAGAGGCGGAGGACCGGUAGGCCUACUUUCCAGGCCGCGGUCGCGGUUGCCAAGGGAUGGAACCCCUGCGUGUCUUGGAGCUGUACAGUGGCAUUGGUGGCAUGCACCACGCGCUGCGAGAAAGUGGUAUCCCUGCGCACGUGGUGGCUGCUGUUGAUGUGAAUACUGUUGCUAAUGAAGUGUACAAGCAUAAUUUUCCUCACACACACUUACUGGCAAAGACAAUUGAAGGUAUUUCAGUGGAAGAGUUUGACAAGCUGUCUUUCAAUAUGAUUUUAAUGAGCCCUCCAUGUCAGCCAUUCACAAGAAUUGGCCUACAGGGGGAUAUGACUGAUCCAAGGACAAAUAGCUUCUUAUAUAUUCUAGAUAUUCUCCCAAGAUUGCAAAAAUUACCCAAGUAUAUUCUUCUAGAAAAUGUUAAAGGUUUUGAAGUAUCAUCUACAAGAGAGCUGCUGAUACAAACGAUAGAAGCUUGUGGCUUUCAGCAUCAAGAAUUUCUGUUAUCUCCUUCCUCUCUUGGUGUUCCAAACUCAAGGCUACGGUAUUUUCUCAUUGCGAAGCGGCAGUCAGAGCCUUUCCCUUUUCAGGCCUCUGGUCAGAUACUGAUGGAGUUUCCUAAAAUUGCAACUGUGCAGCCACAAAACCAUGCAGUAGUUGCAGAAGAUAAGUUAAGAGUACAGAGAACUGAACCAAAUAUCUGCUUGGAUAGCAGCAGCACACAGUGUUCUGGCAAAGAUACCAUUCUUUUUAAGCUUGAAACUGCAGAAGAAAUUGACAGGAAACUCCAGCAGGACAGUGACCUCUCUGUGCAGAUGCUGAAAGAUUUUCUUGAAGAUGAUGACACAAAUCAGUACUUUUUACCCCCCAAGUUAUUGCUGCGAUAUGCUCUUUUAUUGGAUAUCGUUAAGCCCACUUCCAGAAGGUCCAUGUGCUUUACCAAAGGGUACGGAAGCUACAUUGAAGGGACAGGCUCAGUGUUACAGACUGCAGACGAUGUGCAGAUUGAGAAUAUCUUCAAAUCUCUUAAUGAUUUGACACCAGAAGAAAAGAUAGCUAAGUUGUCACUGCUUAAACUGCGAUAUUUCACACCCAGAGAAAUUGCAAACCUUCAGGGAUUUCCUCCAGAAUUCGGAUUUCCUGAGAAGAUAACAGUGAAGCAGCGUUACCGUCUCCUUGGCAACAGCCUCAAUGUGCAUGUAGUAGCAAAACUCAUCAGAAUCCUGUGUGAAUAAUUGGAAGGACUUCUGAGAGGUGUCAAGUAUUCCUCCAAUUCUAGACAGUAAUUCUAAAAUUCUAUUUGAACUAAUUCAUAUCAAAUUUAAAUGAUUUUAAUAGCAUUUUAGUGGAUAAUUAGGAACUUAUUCAAUGCAUGUCAAAUUGUUUUUUUUUAAUUUAUAUUACUGUAUCCAAUAAACUUCACUUUGUUGUUUUGUUUUAUGGGCAAA